AUGGCGUCCAACUCCUUCUCUACGCCCCUCACGAGUUACCUGAUGAGCCGCUAUAACAUGAAGCCAAAUGCCGCAACAAACGUGAACAACAUCUAUUCUGGCAUGUCCAGCUUCGCGCCUGUUGUUGGAGCCUUCGUCGCCGACGCCUUCUGGGGCAGAUUCAGAACCAUGCUCUUCGGAUCUGUUUUCGGGGUUAUCGGAAUGGUGGUCAUCACCCUGUCGGCGACAAUCCGUCAGCUCAAACCGCCGUCGUGCAGCGCCGUAGCCCAGCAAGCCGGCACGUGCGUCGGCCCGUCGGGCCUCCACCGCGCCGUGCUCUACGUCGGAAUGGGCCUGCUCGUGGUGUCCGCGGGCGGCACGAACCCGACCGCCCUGCCCUUCGGCGCGGACCAGUUCGACGUGACCAACGAGCGGCAAAAGGCCGGGCUCACGCGCUACUUCAACUGGUACUACGCCAUCGCGAUGGUGUCCACGUUCCUGGUGCUCACGGCCAUCGUGUACGUCCAGGACAAGGUGAGCUGGGGCCUCGGCUUCGCCAUCCCCACGGCGCUCAUGCUCGUUGCCUUCGUCGUGUUCCUCGCCGGCACCGCGGUCUACGUCUACGUGCAGCCCGAGGGCAGCAUAUUCACGAGCGUCGCGCGGGUCGCCGUCGCGUCGUGCCGCAAGUGGAGGCUCCGGCUGCCGCACCCCGAUGACGCUCGGCGGCAGGAGGAGGUGCUGUACAAGCACAACCACCCUGAUCCGGCCGCGGCUGGGGACGGUCCCGACCGCGUCCUCAGGCUCCCCCUCACGUUGCAGCUCAGCUUUCUGAACAAGGCGGCCAUCGUGACCGACGCCGACGAGUUGCGGGCCGACGACGGCUCCCCGGCGAGGCCGUGGAACCUGUGCAGCGUGCAGCAGGUGGAGGAGGUGAAGUGCCUCGUGAAGAUCGUCCCCGUGUGGGUCUCCGGCGUGGUGUGGUUCAUCUUGAUGACGGAGAUGAUCAACUACACGUACAUCCAGUCCGUGACCAUGGACCCCCACAUGGGCAGGCGCUUCACCAUUCCGGCGGUGUCGAUCGUCGCCGUGUUCUACCUCGCCGUGGCGCUCUUCGUGCCCGUCUACGACCUGGUCAUCGUCCGCGCCGCGCAGCUUCUCACCAAGGCGAGAGCGGGAGGUAGCGGCGGCAUCACUUUGCUCCAGAGGCAGGGCGCAGGUCAGGUGGUCGGCUCGCUGGCGUUCGUGCUCGCGACCGUCGUGGAGCGCAGGCGGAGGAGCUCCGCGCUGGGCCACGGCGACGGCAUGUCCCCGCUGUCCGUGUUCCUCCUCGCGCCGCAGCUCGCCCUGAUGGGCGUGUCGGCCACGUUCACCAUGAUCGGCCAGAUGGAGUUCUACAACACGCAGUUCCCGGACCAGAUGCGCACGCUGGCCAACGCGGCGUUCUACUGCGCGCAGGGCGCCAGCAGCUACCUGGCCACCCUGGUGGUCAACAUCGUGAACGCGAGGACGAGGCGGCACGGCGGGUCCGCGGGCUGGGUCAGCGAUGACAUCAAUGCCGGGAGACUGGACUACUUCUACUACGCCAUGGCCAUGCUCGGCGCGGUCAACUUCAUCUACUUCCUCAUAUGCUCGCACUUAUAUCGGUACAAGGGCGAGCAGCCUGCUGACUCUCCUGGACCUCAACUUCCAUGUGACAGUGCUGGCACAAGCGAUAGUGAGGCUGCGAUACUAAAAACGUAG